AUGAAUCUACUUCGUCUGCAAAUAGGAACAUUUUUCGGAGAUUCUACCAAAUGGUUGGAUUUUUAUAAUCAAUUUGAAACAGCUAUUCAUAACAACAACGAAUUACGAAAGACUGAAAAAUGUGCAUAUUUGAAAUCCUUGCUUGGAGGAAGCGCUCUCGCAUCUAUAUCUGGAUUUGCCAUUAGUGAUCUGAAUUAUGAUUCCUCUAUCGAGAUUCUGAAAGAGCGUUUUGGAAGAACGGACAUUGUGAUAAGCUCUCACAUGACGAAACUUCUCGCUAUUGAACCUAUUCGAAAUGUUUCCAACUUAAAAGCACUAAGAAGGCUAUAUGAUGAGUGUGAAAUACAAAUAAGAAGCCUGUCAUCAUUAAAUGUAACUGCAGGAAGUUAUGGAAAUUUAUUAUGCCCAAUUAUUCAGCAGAAGCUUCCAGAAGAAUUGAAUUUUGAAUUCAAUUGA